GUGGACUACCGAUAAAGAGGAAGAGUUCGUGUCCAUGGUGGAGGGAAAGCCGGAGUUAUUCGACAACACUGAGAUGAACUUCACCAACAGGACGGUGAAGAUGAACUCCUGGCUGGAGCUCGCCAAGCACUUCCAGAUCAGCGGUGAAGAACAUCACUGCGCGCUCACGCACACGCGCGCGCGCACGACCCCCUCCCCCCCUCCACUCAUUAACAUGGCGGCGCGCCAACAUGGCCGAGUGACGUCACUGCGCGACAUCAGUAUCGCGAUCAUUCGAUUAAUCGUAUAAGAGUAAAGAAAUAAAACUCGAAACCUCCGCGCACUCCUGCGUUCAUCUCGCAACAUCUUCAGAGUUUUACAGAGUGGUGCGAAAAACAAAGAACAUCGUGUGAGUGGAGGCUCUGCAGGUGGAGGUCGAGCUCAGAGGAGAAGAUCAGACAGGAAGUUGAUAGUAACUCAGAUAAUCACUCUUUCAUCUCCGAGCUCUGUGGAAGUCCAGUCCUGGUGACCUGGUGGCUUCAGCACUGGGACCUGAUGCUGUAGGAACUCAUGGUGUGAUGUGAUGAUGCUUUUCUGCUCACCACGGUGAUGGUUCUCCUCACGUUUCAGGGUGCAGAUCCUCCACUCACAGCAGAAGGAGCUGCGUAAGAAAUGGGAUUCUCUCAGGACUCAGUACAGCAGAUACACGAAGAUGAUGUACGGAUCAGACGCACGCUUCUUCACCCCGAGGCAGCAGUGGAUCAUGCAGCGCCUCAAGUUCCUCGACCCUCACAUCAAGCGCAGGAGCAACUACUGCACCGACCUCGACUACGAGGUGACGGUGGUUGAGAAUGGCUGUGAGGAUCUGAGCCCCACUCAGGUGGACGUGGAGAUCGAGGCGGACAGCAUGAACAAGCUGGAGAUGAACCUGGACACGUCCAAGCUCUCCAAGCAGCUCUCCAAACGCGCAUUCCAGGAGGACGACUCGGAUCUGGAGCGUUCCUCCGGAGCCAAGAAGCCCUCCUCGGACACACCGAGCUCUCAGACCUUCCCCAAAAACAUCUCCAAGCGUCGCUGUGACGAGGACGACGAGGACGAAGAGUCUGAUUCGGCGAGUCUGAGGAGGAUCGUGUGCAGCACCAUGGAGGAGAAGAAGGACGAGUGCUGGGACGGUUUCUCCUUGUACGUCUCCUCCUGUCUCCGGAGUUUAAACUCGUCUGAAAACCGCAUGAGGGCGCAGGACGACAUGUGCGCCGUCCUGCAGAGACACAUGGAGCGAGACGGCGAGGACGUCGAGGAGAGGGCGGGGGACAAGGGCGAGACCUGCAGGAGAACCUGCUCCACCUGCUCCAACUCCACCACCAGCAGGGCCGGGGACGGUGGGGAAACUGCAGUCAAACAGGCCACGCCCACCACAGACGAUCAGGACGACCUCGAACCCUUCCUCAAAUCCAUGUCCAUCAUUAUGAAGAGGUUACCUGAGGGCGAGAGGUCAGAGGUCAAGUUCAGGAUCCACGAGCUGGUGCAUAAAGCUCAGAUGAAACAUCUAAAUGAACAGAGGAGCGAACUGAGGAACAUAGAGAACUCAUCUGCUCUAUAAGAUGCAUUCUACACACACACACACACACACACACACACACACUGCACUUUUGUACAAAACUUUAUAGCAACUUUUGUAAGUUAUAAAUAUAUUUUUCAGAAUAAAAUUAAAGGAAUAAAUCAGGAAGUUUCGCA